GGGUUGUGGCCAGGAACAGGCCCCUUGGCCCACAGAGUGGUCAGCUGACCCGGCUUCGCCCAGCCAGGGCCACCCGGAGGAGGCAUUCAGGAAGGGCACCUGGUGGAUCCUGAGCUGUCCUGCCCAGAGAGCUCAGGAGGCGCCUGGCACCUCUUUGGGGACAGAGGCCCACCAAGGACCCCGGCUGGCGACGGCAGCAUCAUGGUUCGGAAUGUGGACGACUUGGACUUUCAACUGCCCUCGCACGCCCAGGACAUGCUGGACGGCCUGCAGCAGCUGCGCUCUUUGCCCAAGCUGGCCGAUGUCACACUGCUGGUGGGUGACAAGGAGCUGCCCUGCCACCGCGGUCUCCUGGCACUGAGCAGCCCAUACUUCCAUGCCAUGUUUGUGGGCGAGUUUGCUGAGAGUUUCUCGGCACGUGUGGAGCUGCGGGAUGUGGAGCCAGCCGUGGUGGGGCAGCUGGUGGACUUCGUGUACACUGGCCGGCUGACCAUCACACAGGCCAAUGUGGAGGCGCUCACACGCACUGCCUCACGCCUGCACUUCCCCGCCGUGCAAAAGGUCUGUGGCCGCUACCUCCAGCAGCAGCUGGAUGCCACCAACUGCCUGGGCAUCUGGGAGUUCGGGGAGCAGCAGGGGCUGCUUGGUGUAGCCGCCAAGGCUUGGGCCUUCCUACGGGAGAACUUUGAGGCUGUGGCACAGGAGGAUGAGUUCCUGCAGCUUCCCCAGGACCGGCUGGCUGCCUGCCUAGCCAGUGACCUGCUGCAGGUGCAGGCUGAGCGGAGCCGGCUUGAGGCCCUGCUGCGCUGGGUGCGCCAUGACCCCCAGCCCCGGGCUGCCCACCUGCCUGGGCUGCUUGGCCUGGUGCGCCUAGGCGCUGUACCCAGGCCCUGCGUGCAGGAACUGCUGGCCACGGAGCCGCUGAUCCAGGGGUCACAGGCGUGCCAGGAAGCCCUGUCCCAGGGUCACAGCAGGGCACUGCCCAGCCCCCCACAGAAGCUGGAGGAGGUGCUGGUGGUGGUGGGCGGCCGGGCCCUGGAGGAGGACGAGGAGGGCAAUGAGGAGCCCGCACCCCACACUGGGAACUUUGCCUUCUACGACACCCAGGCCCGUCGCUGGAUGGCGCUCCCUGACUUCCCCGACUACCACAAGUGGGGCUUCUCCCUGACAGCGCUCAACAACGAUGUCUACGUCACAGCAGGUGGUUCCCGAGGCACCAAGACAGAUACCUGGUCAACCACACAGGCUUGGUGCUUUCCUCUGAAGGAGGCGGCCUGGAAGGCAGUGGCACCCAUGCUGAAGGCCCGCACCAACCACGCCAGCGCAGCACUCAACGGCGAGAUCUACGCCAUUGGUGGCACCACGCUGGGCGUGGUGGAGGUGGAGAGCUAUGACCCCUACACAGACAGCUGGACGCCCGUGCAGCCGGCGCUCAAGUACGUCAGCAACUUCUCGGUGGCCAGCUGCCGGGGCCGGCUCUACCUGGUGGGCUCCAGCGCAUGCAAGUACAACGCCCUCGCACUGCAGUGCUACAACCCUGUCACAGAUGCCUGGAGUGUGAUCGCCUCGCCCUUCCUGCCCAAGUACCUGUCUUCACCGCGCUGCGCAGCGCUGCAUGGGGCUCUCUACCUCAUCGGCGACAACACCAAAAAGGUCUACACCUAUGACCCGGGAGCCAACCUGUGGCAGAAGGUGCAGUCCCAGCACAGCCUGCAUGAGAACGGUGCCCUAGUGCCCCUGGGUGACGCGCUGUAUGUGACAGGCGGCCGAUGGCAGGGCAUGGAGGGCGACUACCACGUGGAGAUGGAGGCCUACGACACGGUGCGGGAUGCCUGGACUCGCCACGGCGCCCUGCCCCGCCUCUGGCUCUACCAUGGGGCCUCUGCCAUCUUCCUGGAUGUCUCCAAGUGGACACAGCCCUUCCACCCGGCCCCAGAGCCCUAGCCCACAAGGCGUUGAAGGUCCUGGCCCUGAAGGGCCCCAAGCAAGGUCUUGUGAUCCUGAAAAUGGCCCCACGAUACAUACUUGCUUGUCCACUCAGGGCUGCAGCCCCUUUGGGCCCCGAGCUGGGUGCCAGUUGCUAAGGAACACAGCACAGUUCAGGGACAUGGCCUUGGUCACUGGAGCCAUGACCCCAAACUCCAAGCUGCCUGGUGUGUGGGUGGUCAGGGUCCCGGGGAGGUAGCCCAGGCCCAGGGCAGCUCCUGGGCAGCUCUGCCUCCUCUGCAUCCCUAUGCUGGGUUUUGGGGUUGUGCAGCAGCAGUGUGGGAACCAGAAGAAGCCCCAGGACUUGGGGCAGGUCCUCCGGCGUGGGGGCCUGAUCGUCCUCCCAUGAUGCAUCACUAUGCCAGGCGGUCUCCUCAAGACAGGCCUGCCCUGUGCCCACCACAUUGGGCAUGGCAUCUCUGUGGGCUGCCCACCCUGCUCCCUGAUCACCCUGCCCGGCUCCACUAAGAAAGCCACUUCAAAAGUCACAGGGAACGGUGCGGGGCGGGGGGGGGGGGUGUUACAGGACAAAGAGCCGAAGUCCUCAGGCCAGUUUCAGGGGGGCUUUCAUCAACACAGGCCCCACGGGGUAUAAGCUGCCUCAAGGAAAGGUUCGUGGUGCUGAGUCCCUUCAGAGAGGUGGCAGGCUAUGUCUGGUGGCCUCUGCUGCCAGCCACAAUGGCACAGGCAGCUGGGCCUACUCCAGGGCCUCAGAGCAUUUCUGGGGACCCCAGGGCUGGCUCAGCACCCUGGGCCCUGUAUUUGUAACCAAGGACACAAUAAAGGACUCUCCCUGGC